UAAAGGACAUCUAAAUUAUGUUGUGUGCUUGUAGACUUUGAGGUUUAAAGUUGGCGUCACGAUGCACUGGGCAAUGUUUACUUCCAACGCUAACACACACCGAGAGUAAGCGCAGCAGCGUGACGCGCUGGUGCACGUCCACGGCUCACCGUCCCCAUUCAGCCCGCAGCAGGAAGUGUGCUGAAAAACACCGAGAAAACGACGGUGGAGCCACCCGCUGAAGGAAACAUAAAAUAGUUAAAACAAUUAUGGCGAACGACUGAACGUGCAAUAAACCCAGAAAGAGCUUACACCCCCAUCCCUGAUCAUUGUUCACGUCUGUAAGUCGGCUCUCAUCUGGUGCCCUGCAACUGUCCAGACCCUCUCUGAACUGCUGCGACCGAGUGGAAUUGAAAGGCUGUUUGGAGAGAAUAUCUGCCACCCAGGUAAAAUGGCUGAUUCUACAGAAGCAGAGAGCUGAACAUCACACAUUGCCCCCUUUUCUUCUUUGUUCGAGGAUCACUUUAUGUGGACAUUUCCCCUUCCAUUUCAAAUUUCUCAUCAUGGCUAUGCAUGAUAUGAAUCGUGCCAAGGGUUUCCCUUGCAAAGAAUGCGACAUGAUUUGCCCAAGUACACCUAGCCUUCUGGAGCACAUGAAAGCACACUAUCAUCAAGAAGAGAAUGGCAGAUUUGAAUGUGAGCAGUGUGGACGCAUUUUUAAGCAUGCCAUUAGCUUGUCUUCUCACAAAAAAACUCAUGAGAUGGGCUCCUUCCAAUGCCCAGUGUGCACCAGAACGUUGCCCAAUGCAAUGGCGCUAAAAAACCACCUCAGCAUCCACACCCUGUCUCCAAGUGCCCAAGCUGAAGAGGAGAACGAUGAUAAUGCAGAAGAAGACAGGGAUUAUAAUCUAGCACAAAAUCUGUCUGACGCAAGUUUCAGGAGUCACAUAAGCAACAGUGGAAUGCUGCCUGGCCAUGACCAUGAUAAGCAAAAAUCUCCAGGAUCUGAAGAUGCAUGGGACAGACCUUUUAAGUGUGACCAAUGUGACAGGACGUACCGACACCAUGGCAGCUUGGUUAACCACAAGAAGUCCCAUCAAGAGGGCACGUAUAAGUGCAAUGUCUGUUACAAACAGUUCAACAAUCUUGCAGCCCUUAGUGCUCACGAGCGUACUCAUUCAAAAUUUAAACUUCCUGGUAUGUCCAUGGGGGCCCUUGUACCUGAAGCACCAUCUGACACUCGCCCUCCAGGGCCCCACAAUGAUGACAUGGCACCCAGCUUUUGCCACCUGUGUCAGGUGUCUUUGCCUAAUAAGAAUGACUUUCAAGAACACAUUUUGUUACAUAAUGCUGCAUCAUCUUCUUUAGGGCUUACGCGUAGUUUCCCCAGUAUAGUGUCACAUAAUCUUAGCACUGUUCGCUCCCCCACUGUCAAUCCGUAUACACCUGCUCUAGGUGACCCUCUUCCGCUACCUCUAUUACCAGACAAGCGUUACGACCCAAUGCUUGGCCCUCCUGUUAACAAUUCCAUAUUCACCUGUGCGUAUUGCGGAACAGGACAUCCUGACAUAGAGAGCCUCAAAAUGCAUUAUCUUACCCAUGACCCACACACCACAGCACAUGUGCAUGACAGCCCUGCUAUUUUAAAUUCAGAUGGACUGGCUUCAAAUUCGCAACCAUCAGUUUCGUCAUCCAAUGGCGAGACGAGAUCUCAGAAUGCGUCUGCAGCCAUUGAUGAUGCUGAACGUAGAUUUAAGUGCCAAGAGUGCGGGAAAAGCUAUCGACAUGCAGGAAGUCUAGUUAAUCAUAAACGCUCCCAUCAGACAGGUCAUUAUCAGUGCACCGUUUGUUGUAAGCAGUAUUCACACUUAGCAGCCCUUCACAGCCACCUCCGUAGUCACAAGACUAGGCCAAAUUCACAGUCGAUGGGCACAGAGGGAGACUGGCUUUCCUCUGAGCCAAUGACAGGGCUUGACUCUCAACAAGGCUUUGUACAUUCUCAGGACCAGGAGAGUGGUGCAACCACCCCUAUAUCGCUCCCUGGUAAUCUUGGUGAUGCAGCCCACUUUGUCCCAGACGGUGGCCAUAACAGUGGCCUGGAUUCAUUGGAAUUCCAUGACCGAUUUGACGGCACCUUAGCUCAAAGCAGUUCUGGCCAUUCGCCUCUUCCACAAAAUCAUCGUCAAGCAGAAGGUGUGAACCAGGGUGCUAUGUCCAAUAGUUACCUGGGCAACAUGAGCUUCCAUAGUGCUGGUGGUGCCUCCUUGCCAGCAGGGAGCGCCAACCUAAAAGAAAGUAGUCGACAGCGUCGUGGUCACAACCAGAUGCCUUAUGGAGGAGGACAAGCUAACUCCCAGAGCAACAGUAAGAGAAUGGAUAACAAAGACGAAGAUGACAAUGGAGAGGUUUACCAGUGCAUAGUGUGCGGAAACCAUUAUGCCAGCCUGAGGGCACUUCGUAGCCACUUGCGAAGCCAUGGGGUUAACCAAGGGGCGGGGCCAUCGUCUGCUCUUUCUCCCAUUGGUGAGCAAGAAUGGAGGAGGCGGCAAGAGGGUAUUGCGGCCGGCCUUUUGAUCUGUAGCACCUGUGGCCAGAGCUUCAACAGAAAGCAGGACUUGCUAAACCACCAGCUGGCCCAUGGACCUGCAAGGCCAGAUGGAUCUGCACAGGGCUUGGGUGGCGCUAACUCUAAUUCUAAUGGCAAAAUGGAUGGAAGGAACCACAUUUGCGUUGACUGUGGCAUGUUCUUUGCAGAUCGCCAACAGCUGAUCACUCACCUGUGUCCAGGCAAGGCGAGAGCAGGGGGGUUGAACAAGGGCCUGAACGGAGCUAAAGGGAUGACGGGUGGUGCUGGUACCAGUGGUGGCGGGGGCCCAGUAGACCCUCAGCAGAUGCCUGGCUCUGAUGAUCGGCCCCACAGGUGCGACCAGUGCGGCAGGAGUUACAGGCACCCCUGCUCCCUGCUCAACCAUAAGAAAUCUCACAAGACUGGGGUCUUCCGCUGCCUUGUCUGCCAAAAACGCUACUACAACCUACUGGCUCUCAAGAACCACCAGCGGACUCAUUUUGACUUAAAGAGGCACAAGUGCGAGGAGUGUGGGAAAGCCUUUAAGAUUCAGAAGCAGUUGAUAAAUCAUCUGCGCUUGCACGAAGAGAACAGAGCGAAGACUGGAGAUCAACAAGACCAACGUGUUCAAAGCAUGUCUCAUCCCAAUGGUGCCCGCUAUGAGGGAGGUCCAUCGCAGCUCCAAACUAUGAGGCUGGGGGAGCCCAAAAUGCAGAGCCCUCCCAUGAACACCAAUUACGGUCAACCUCAAGGUUACAAGAAACCAUAUGCAGGGGCCAGGGCUCAACAAGUUGAUGACGGCAGCGGCCGCCGCCCCUUUGCUUGUGAACAGUGCGGACGCACUUACCGUCAUGCUGGCAGUCUGGCCAAUCAUAAGAAUCUGCAUAAGGUCGGUGAAUACCACUGCAACGUGUGCAACUCCACCUAUCCUAAUCGACUAGCAAUGAAGAACCACCUCCGCAUGCAUUUCGCUCUUAAGAAGUAUAGUUGCUCUGAUUGUGGUAGGGGCUUCAGAAACCAGCGGCAGCUUGAAACGCACACCAGCAACCAGCUCUGCAAAGAUCUUCCUGGUCCCAGCGUUCAGAGCGCUCCUCCUCCAGCUGAAUAUGAGUGUGAUGGGUGCUCGCAGAUCUUUUCUACUACCACAGACUUGGCCUCGCAUAACUGCAGUUCCCAGCUUCCAUCUUCCUCGGCCUCCCUCAACAGCUGUAAUAUGAGCAUGGAGACAGGUGACCUGGGGUCUCCGGAGCGUGAAGAACGCCCUUUCAGCUGUGACCUUUGUGGCUGCUCUUACAAGCAUGCUAGCAGUCUGCUUAACCAUAAAAAUACACACAAAAUAGGCAACUUCAGCUGCUCGUAUUGCGACAAGCCCUACUCCAACUACAUGGCCCUGCGCAACCACAUGCGCAUCCACACGCAGAAGAAGCGCCAUAUCUGCUCAACUUGUGGCAAGGCUUUUCGGCUGGCACGCUUCCUUCGGAACCACCAGAGAGUCCACGAGGAGGGCCACACCCGUUUUGGCUGCCCCACCUGCGGGAAGAGCUUCCAGGGUCGAUCUGGGCUGGCCAGGCACCGCUGCGGGGACAACCAGGUAGGCAGAGAGGGCGUAAGGAAGGCCAUCUCAAGCACAAGAGAGGGAGAGGAGUGCCGGUUCACAUGUGACCAGUGUGGCCGUUCCUAUAGGCAUGCCAGCUCACUUCUUAACCACAAAAACACCCACACAGUUGGCAUCUACCACUGCGCUGUGUGCCUCAAGACUUACUCCAACCUGCUCGCACUCAAGAACCACCGUCGCAUUCAUUCUGAGACUCGGCGGCACCACUGCCCUGAGUGCGGCAAGGCUUUCCGUGUCUCUUCCCAGCUACAAAAUCACCGCCGUGUGCACCAAAAGGAGCGUGAGUUUGCCUGCACUCUGUGCCAGCGGAGCUUACCCACCCAGGCUAGCUUCCGUCUCCACUUGGAAAUGCAACAUGGCCGUGCCCCGAAAAUUUCACCGCAGCCUGGGGUUUCGUCCAGUCGCUCUGAUUUGAGUUGGAGCUCUGGGCUUGACCUUACGCUGGUACAGACCCAAGGAAUGGAUCCUAAUGGGCUCCCAAAGCAUAGCACAUUGCACCACGGUCCCAGUGGCAGCAGCUCAUCUGGGCACCAACAACAGCAUUUACAGCAUAGUCGCAAUGAGGCGGGGUGCAAGUCACAUGUCUGCGAUCAAUGCGGACGGGGUUACCGGCACGCCAGCUCGCUUCUGAAUCACAAGAACAGCCACAAGACGGGCACCUAUUUCUGCAACUCCUGUCAGAAGGAAUUCUCAAACCUUAUGGCACUCAAAAACCACAGACGCAUCCACACAGAACCCAAACGUUACCAGUGCCCGGACUGCUGCAAAGCUUUCCGUGUUUCCACCCAGCUCAUCUGCCACCGACGCAUCCACACCAAAGAGAAGCCUUUCUCAUGUCAACAGUGUGACAAGCGCUUCUCCAGCAAGUCCAACUUAAGACACCAUCAAAAGGUCCACUGGAACAGUUCGACACCUAGUGGUCUGAACAUGGACACCACCAACUUCUUGGGUAUGCCCUCUGGGCCUUUUCUAUAAGUGGAAGCAGAACUAAUGGUUUGUCAUGUUGGUUCAUGCCAAGGUUUUUGGAGGUGCCAAAUCCCCCCUCCCCCACCCAUGUUCAUCUUUAUUCACUUUAGUGUUCGAGGUGUGGCUGUGAGGCUUUUUUUUUUGCCUGUUGUUGCUUAGGUUAUGAGAACUGUCCCUGCAUGUAAACUUUGGAUUAUACAAUGGAAUUGACAUCAUUUAAUGAGUGUUAGGUUUAGGUCAUAACACAUUUUUCCCUCCCUUACCCCUCAUCCUAAACACCACGUGUGACCUUACUUCAUUUUCUGAUACCAGCCUUUUAAAGAAGUGCACAAAGGAGUGUCACAAUAGCUAGAGUCCUGCUUUAAUUCUUAACUUUCAGAUAAGGCAUUUCCAUUUAUAUGGGAAAUAACUGCCAAUUUUCACCGGAUUCAUGUUAGAUCGGUAUGGUUUUGGGGAUUUCACAAUGGGCUGGUUAUAUUAGCAAUGGUCAAGUGUAUAGUGACUGCUUCCAGAUUAAUACAAAAAAAACAAAAGCAUCUGAAAAAUCAUCCGUAUUGAGGUCAUAUAUUCAUUUCAUGUCCAGCUACCCCUUGGAACAGCCUUGAAGGCAUUCACAAUUUCCAAUCCUAGACUAUACAAAGAAAAUGUGUUGAUUGUCCAAUGAUUUCUGAGACAAUUGUCAAGCAACUUGUAUGUUUAACAAGUAGAAGUAACUAUGUUUAACAGUGUAUAGAGCGUAUCUGAAAAGUCUUCAGUUAUUGGAGGCAACACGUUGUGUUGUGUAGAACUGUCAACGUUCUUUUAUUUUGUAUUACCCCCGUUCUUUUGACGUUCUAACUUUUCUAACUUGUGUGUUUCUUGCAGCACGGAGGUGAGCUUCAAACCUUAUUAUUCAGCAGAUGACAGCAUUGCGCUUAUUGGGUUCGAUUCUUAGUGGCAUCAUUUGUUUGUUCCCUUUUUCAUUUUGCAAUGUUGCUCAAAACCCAUAUUUUAAAACUGCAACUAGCUAGUGUAUAGAAAUGAUAGGUUGUGCUAUAAAAAAAAUGGGGAAAAAAGCAAACGGGGGGACACAAUGUAUAUUGAUAGGCUUGUAAUGGCAUUCGGUUUUAACUUGUAUUGUAUUGUACCUCUGACUGUAUUAUUUACAGGAAAACUUUUAUAAAAGAUGACUGUAGUAUGCAUUUUAUUUAUAUUAACACUUGUAACUGAAAAUGCUAGUUUUAAUGUCUCUUGUUCCAAACCCUUUUUGUUUCGACACUUCCAUUCUUCAGAGGCUAUCGGACACGGAGUCAGGAAUGGCAGGACUCCUAAAGAACACUUGUUAUAGUGUAUAUCCUUUUUCAUUGCCAUUAUUUGUUAUGCUUUUAAACGAACAUUUCUGUCCCUUGUGCAAUAAACAGGGAACUGUUAUAAUGUGUGUUUUAAUUGCAGUACAAUGAGUGUAAACAUAUCUCUGUCUUAUUAUUGCCUUUCUCACGUGAUGUCGUGACAGUCCCCCCACGCUCAUUUCAGAAUUGGAUAUGCCUGUUUCACUCUGUAAGCUUACACGUUAAGAAAUUAUUUUAUGAUCUUAGCAGUUAGCAAGGCAAUCUAACGUCUCAGUUACACCUUUAUGGUAACCCAUGUAUUAGUGUUUUUGUUUUAAUCUUUUUUUAUUUAAGUGCAUUUUACUAUUUUUAGCUUGUUUUGUACCAAUAUAAACUGGUAGCACUGGUGCUAGGAAGUCAAUGUAAUUUGAGUGAUAAUUAAGUUGUAUGCAAUUAUGAUCAGAGCAUGUUCGAAUCAGUCUGGCCAUUCGCAGUUGACCUCUCUCAUCAACAAGGCAUU